UUUGGGUUUUAAUUAAUAUAUAAAUGGUUUUGACUUUACAAAAAUACUAUACAAAUCGGGUGCCAUUAACAACACCCCAAAUAAACAUUCAACAGUUUAACCUACGGAUUGAAUUUAAGAAAAUGGCGUCAAAAAGGAUUGCUGUUGUUACCGGUGGAAACAAAGGCAUUGGUUUAGAAAUAUGCCGGCAAUUGGCUAACGAAGUUGUGGUGGUGUUGACUGCAAGAGACGAGAAGAGGGGCGUCGACGCCGUCGCAAAAUUGCACUCCUCCGGUUUACUGGACGUCGUCUUUCAUCAGCUCGAUGUCACAGAUCCGGCCAGUAUUGCUUCCUUGGCUAAUUUCAUUGAUGCUCGGUUUGGAAAACUCGAUAUAUUGGUGAACAAUGCUGGAGUCUCUGGUACAAUCUUUGACGAGGAGUCCAUUUGGAGUUUAAACCUUUCAAAGAAGGAGGUAAUUGAUGAAAAUACUAAUCAGUCCAAGAAAUUUGCAACACAAACAUUUGAAGGAGCCCAAAAGUGCUUGGAAACCAAUUAUUAUGGAGCUAAACAUGUCACACAAGCCUUGCUACCACUUCUUCUUAAAUCUACAUCUCCGAAAAUAGUCAACGUCUCAUCCAAAUUGGGGCAACUACAAAACGUUCAUGGCGAAAGUGCAAGGAAGAUUUUGAGUGAUCUUGAUGGACUGAGGGAGGAGAUGGUGGAUGAGGUUGUGAGUGAGUAUUUAAAGGAUGCAAAAGAUGAUGAAUUGCUGGAAAAGAAAGGGUGGUCAAGUAAUGUUUCUGGGUAUAUCGUGUCGAAAGCGGCUCUGAAUGCGUACACGAGGAUCUUGGCUAGGGAUUUUCCAUCGAUUUCUGCGAAUUCGGUAAGCCCUGGUUUUGUUUCGACGGACAUGAGCUGUUUUAAAGGAACCUCCACCGUUGAAGAAGGAGCUAGAGGGCCUGUCAGACUGGCUUUGAUCUCGGAUGCCAGUCCAACCGGUCAAUAUUUUUGGACGACGGAAAAAUCAACGUUUUAGUUUAAAAAAAUAUACUAAAUUACAUAACUGGUCCUGUAGUUUACAAGUAAAUGCAGGUUCAGUCGAACUUUUAUAUUUGUUACAAAUCAGUCCUUAGGCAUGGGAUUUAUUGUGGUUUUGAUCCUAUACGCAAAAUGAUGAAAUUUCCAUUAUUAUCA